GCUAGAAAUUUCAUCUGUAUACAAAUCUAUAAAUAUUGAAUAUGUCUUCUGUGAUGCGCAACCAAAGAAUCACAAGUGUCAUUCCGUUAACUUCCGCUCACGCCCCUCCCCCCAUUCCAUUGAAAGUAAUGAACCACGGAACACAUCAUCACACCUGAAAUAUUUUCCGUAACAAUCUUUGUUUCCCUUGAAAUACUUUUUUCAUUGUUUCUUUACCUUAUAAAAUGGAACGCGGUAAAAUUAUCGCCAUGUGGCAUUUGCUGAAUAUUUGGGUAAAUGGAAUAAUAUAUAUUCUCAAACGACCAUUUGUUACUUCGGUCUCCACCAUCUAACAGGCGCCGAAAUGAAAUCGUGUGCAAUUCUUCAGAUUUUCAUAGCAGGAGUUAUUUGCAUAUCUUAUACAGAAUCGCAGGAACAACUCAACUCAACAUCGACUCGUCGGCAGACCACCAGCAAAUCAUCACUUUCAAAAGCAGGAGAUUUUCCACAAUACGUGCAAGCCCCUUACGACUAUAUGCGCAAUUUCGACGAUCUUCUGAUCCGGAGUUCAAAUAAAGAUCAGCUGGCAACUCAAGUGGAUUUUUUAGAUCUCCAGACGACCCCAAAACCCCUUCAGCAUUUGACACUUUACAAAUUAUCCCACGAUCCCACCCUAGAGUUCUAUGACGAGACGGAAAAUCUGGCCUUAAAAAAGCAUGACUAUGCCAGAGGUGGUCAGGGAAAUUUCGGCGGUUGGGAUAGUUUUCCUUCUGGAGGCUUCAAUUUAGGAGGUCAUGGGGGUGGUGGUGGUCAUGGAGGUGGUCACGGAGGAGGAUUACGAGGUAGAGAAGCUAAGGCACUUUUUGUUCUGUUGGCGCCACUCAUACUGCUGGCAGUUUUUGGUCCCUUUUUAGCUACUCAAGCUAUGCUACCCUGGAUGAUCGGUGGAGGGUUGACGACUGUGAGUACGAUCGCCGGAGGACGACGUAAGCGGUCUAUUCUGGCUGAUUUCAGGCACGCGACCGAUCGGAGGCUUCAACUCUUUUUGGAAGUACAGGAUUAUUUGGCGAAAUCUGGAAAUCCGGAUUUAGUGAGAGAAUUGGGAGACGCUUUUAUGAAUUGCCAAAAAUACAGUGAGCGAAGGAGCAAGUGCCUGGAGAGAAUGUCUUGUGAGUACAUGGAUCCUUCCUCUGAUCUCAACAGGGAAGAGCGCAGAAUAGGAAGGAUGGUUCUUCGAAAUGUUCUGUCGAAUCCUCUUGUACCAGUAUCUAUGGCAAAUCGUCUGCAGAAAGGUCUUGUGCAUGCUAGAAAGCAAUCAGGGAGAUGCUACAACUAUUGGUGUGAAGUUCUUGAUGGUCUUAAAAAUUGAUGAUGUUUGAUAAUUGGAGAAUACAUAAGUGAAUCAUUUUUCAUAAAUGAGGAAGUUUACUCUUAAUAGAAUGUCAUUGAACACUUGAUAGAAUUUUCAAUAUUUAUUAAUGAAUUGUUUAAGUGAA